AUGGAGCCGAGGUCCAGCGAUGCCUUCUCCCAGCACAGCGUCGGUAACGAUGCGCCAGCGGCGCGGCCGCGCCGCAUGUCGAUGGAGGAGGACUUGUUCUACCGGGAUCUCAUGACCUCGCGGCCAGCCCAGCCGCCGAGCUACGAAUCGACCGUCAGAGCCGCGCAGAGGAGGGCACUCGCUGCUGCUGGGGAAUUGCCUUCUGAGAGCAUAUCCGAGGAUGUACUUCCCCAGUAUUCGUGCGACGUACAUCUGGAAGGUGUGUUUAUGCGCAAGAUGGAGAUUGAGGACGCGACGAAGCGAGCCGAGUACCGCGACUGGAGGAUGGUGUACGUCGAGCUGCGUGGCACAGCGCUCAACGUCUAUUCUGUCAAGAAGGAACGAGGAUUGUGGUUGACAAAGCACGACGGGCCUGAUAUAUCACCCGAUAAGCCCCCUUGGGUCAGGAAAUCGACGCUCGAGAAAAAGUACAGCCUCCUCCAUGCGGAUGCGGGUAUUGCCGCGGAUUACAGAAAGCGGCGGUACGUCAUCCGCAUGAGGCUAGAGACGGACCAAUUCCUAUUAUCGUGCGUUGAAUUGGGCACCUUUGUUACCUGGUUGGACGGGAUAUUUGCCGCCAUCAAUGUGUCGGCGCCGAUCGACGAACGUGACUUCCCUAGGGACUACAGCAUACCGCGUGUCCAGAGGAUACGAUGGCUCCGUGGUCAACGACCGCAGCCCGAAGACAGCAUCGGCUUUUCCAGGCUAACCGAACAGCGCCGGCAAGAUUCGCAAGGCCAAGAUGUGGACGACGAGAACGACGACGACGACCAGCCGGAUCCCGGGGGGUAUGGCGGCGACGAAGACGCUAAUCCUGGUUACGGCCCUCGAACUGAUCACCCGAUUAUCGGGAGGUUGUCGACAACGUCAUAUCCGAACGAAAAUAUUGACCCUAACACUGGCAAAUGGGCCCCACAGCACCACUGGACCGUGACGCACGAUCAGCUAUACGCCCGGCUAUGCUAUGCUGUGCUUCUGUUCAAGAGUCCUCGGAAGAGCAACUACGUGGUUGCGAAAGGCGUACGGUGGUAUGUCGACUGGGGCACGGGGCGCAUGGUCCGGGUGCUCCCGCCAGCCUACGGCGAGGUGGACGUUAUGGGGCCUUGGCAGGUCAUUAUGGCCGAAAACAGGCUUCUGUAA